ACGCCGUGCCCUGCCUAUAUAUCUCCUUCCCCGGCAGCGAACCAGCCGUUCUCUUCGUUCCGGCCGGUUUCGCAGUGCCAGCGGAGAGAGAGGGAGAUCUUCAUCCUCUUCUAGCCUACUAGUAGCUACUAGUAGUGAGUCGUAGGAGUGCUAGCUACUAGGACUGACAGACUCUACCGGCGAGUGUAUGAGCUUUUUGGUAGUGCCAAGAGAUCGAGCAGGAGGAGGAGCCGCCGGGACGACGGUAGUAGUAUCAGUAUGAGCUGCAACGGGUGCCGGGUGCUGCGCAAGGGCUGCAGCGAGGCCUGCGUGCUGCGCCCCUGCCUCCAGUGGAUCGACGCCGCCGACGCGCAGGGCCACGCCACCGUCUUCGUCGCCAAGUUCUUCGGCCGCGCGGGCCUCCUCUCCUUCAUCUCCGCCGUCCCGGACGCGCAGCGCCCUGCCUUGUUCCAGUCGCUGCUGUACGAGGCGGCGGGGCGGACCAUCAACCCGGUGCACGGCGCGGUGGGGCUGCUCGGCACGGGGAACUGGCACCUCUGCCAGGCCGCCGUCGACACCGUGCUGCGCGGCGGCGCCAUCGGCCCGCUGCCGGAGCUCGGCAUCACCGGGAGCGCCGGCGACCUCUACGGGCCCCCCGGCGCCGGGACCGGGCACGGCGGCGGCGGCGGCAAGCGCGCCGGCGGCUGGUCCACUUUCUCCACGGCGAAGCGGGUGCGGAAGGCCGCUGCUACUGGGGCGCCGCCGCCGCCGCCCGCGGCGGAGCCGGAGGCGUCGUGCGACCUAGGGCUGUGCCUACUCAGCCCCGGGUCCCCGCCGCCGCCUGCGGGGGACAGGAGGGCUCCCUUCAUGCGGCCGGGCACGCCGUCCAUCACCUCGGACGACGACUCCGUCACCACCACCACCACCACCACCACCACCGGCGGCGGCGGCGACAGGGAGCCGGUGCUGCUCAACCUUUUUGCCUGAUCGUCGAGGCCGCCGAUAGAUGGAUCGACGUGUGAUGCAUGUCAGGACGGCGGGCGGUUUCUUUCUUGACCACCGUGUGAUGUUUGUCCGUCAGGACGAUCUAUCUAUCCCGGCGGUCAGGUGUUUUUCUCUUGUCGUCGCCGGCGACCGGCGACCGGCGACGGCAACGGCGAGGCCAAUUUUUUUUCCCCCUUCGUUUAUUAGAUUUUUGUUGUGUAGUAGCAGCAGUAGAAAAGAAACUACUAGUAGCAGCCGGCCUGGAAGCCCCGUUUGCGUGUGGGCGAGAUGAGAGCGCCGGUGGCCACCCCCACCCCAGUAACUAUUUUUUUUUCUCUUCCCUGAUUGAACAACUUUAUAAUAUAAAUAAAUAUAAAAAGUGGAGCUCCAUUUUUUCCGUU